AUGGUAAAGCUAUUGCUAAAGCAGAAUAGGAUUGAAGUAAGCUCAGUAAACAAAAAAGGUUUAACAGCUUUGGAUUGUCACUUGCUAAGAAGAAAAGUGAUAAAAAUGUGUUGGUGUCGUGAAGUUACAAAAAAGUGGCCUAAUGGUGAUGAGAUUGGGCCUGCCCUUGAGAACGCCAAAGCAUUAAGGGCAAAAGACACACAAAAAAUCAAAAAAAGAGAAAAGCAAGUAAAGGACCAAAGCAAUGCACUAAUGGUGGCAGCAUCCGUGAUAGCAGCCAUGGCUUUCGAAUUCUGCGUAAGCCCUAGUGACCGAUCGUUACAUUUAUUGGUAUCAAACACAAUCGCACUGGCUUCAUCUCUAAGUGUCAUCAUUCUCCUCAUAGGUGGUCUUCCUUAUAGCAGAAUCUUCGUCAGAGUUUUGAGAAUAACAAUGUGGAUUGCAGUUUCAGCAAUAGCUAUGACUUAUAUUACGUCAAUUAGAAUGUUGGCUGAUUAUCGGUGGUCGACUCUACUAGUUACACUAAUGUAUACUUCCGUAGUUUGGAGUUCUGUGAUGGCGAUUCUGAUCCUUACUCAUACCCAUAACUUCCUAUUCAAUUUCGUCAUCAAUCAUCCCACUUUGCGGUCAUUUUUCAGCAAUUAUCUUUGUUGUGCUUGCGUUAACGACGAGAAGGCUGUAGAACAAGUUUAACUAUUUCCAACAUCGUACACUCUCGCAUUGUUGAGAAAAGUGCAGUAGUUCCAGUAAUUCUCCAUUUUAUUGUGUUCAGCAUUUUUUUUUUUUUUAAUGACGGGUGUAUUAAGCAUUUUAUUUGUUGAAGAUUAGGAAGCUAGUUAUUUGAUGUAUUUGUCAAUGGGUCAUUAAUCGUUAUAUGUCUAUAUAUGUUACUUUAAGUCAUAUAGCAUAUGUUCAAAUGUUCAAUUUAGAAUUUAAUAAGUAAGUUGUAUACUAAUAUUAUUGUGAUAACCUUUUGCUUUCUUAUAUUAUUCCGAUUCAA